AUGGGUUCAUAUUCAAACUUCUCAGGAGCUUUCUUGUUGUUUCUAUUUGUUUCUUUUGCAAAUGGAAUUACAGUUUUCGAUUUGAAGAAAUACGGUGGAGUUCCAAAUGGCAAAACAGAUAGCACGAAGGCUUUGCAAAAAGCUUGGGAUGAUGCAUGCGCAGCUGAAGGAAGCGCACAAAUAACUAUUCCUUUCGGUGACUACUUAGUUGGGCCGGUUUUGUUCAAGGGCAAAUGUAAAGGACCCAUUACGAUCCAAUUAGAUGGAAAUUUGCUCGCUGAUACAAAUCUCAACCGGUACACGAGCAAUUGGCUUGAGUUUCAGUACAUCGAUGGGCUCACGAUUAGAGGUCGUGGCAAGCUCGAUGGACAGGGGACCACCGCUUGGCCCCACAAUAAUUGCCCAGACAAUUGGAAGUGCAAGCUUCUUCCAAUGGUAAAUUUUGAUCUUUUAAAUAUUUAUUAG